AUGACAAACGAAGUGUAUGUGGUAGACUAUCCAACUGAUGGUUUCUCAGCUGACGGCGAGCCUUCCAAAAAGGUAGUUGCACCAAUCCCAAGCCUCCAGAUUCCGGUAGGAAAGAAGUUCAUUGGAAGCCCAGCGACAGCAAAGCCACUCAGCCCAAAACAUGUUUACAAGCCAGAGGUGUUUAACAUGCAUCAAGAUGGUGGAAAUACCGGGACAGUCGAUAAUUGGGGCCCAUUAGGAGCCGAACUGGAGGUUUCAAGUGCGCUUGAGGGUCUGCAUAUUCUACUUUGGACCAAAGAUGGCCAGAUGGUUGCCGGCUAUACAAAGAUUGGGCUCGGCGGGCUUAAAUGGGGGCUGGCGGCAGUCGACAAUGAGACAAUGGGGGUUCAGGCAACCUGGUUUCCCGAGGUAGAUGGCCAGACCCUGAAUGUGGCAUAUAUGGAACUUGUUUUUGACAAGGACCAAAUUGUGGUGACAUCCAAAGAGGGCCAGAUUUAUGUGGUUCAACUGUCUACGUCUGAAGGAUCGCCUAGUCUCGAUCUCGUUCGAACCUACAAUUUGGAUUCUGUCCUGGCUCCUGGUGAGCUUCUCAUCAAUGCAAUGUACGAUACCGACGGUAACUUGUGGUUUACGAGUGGUGGAUUGCGAUCUCAAGUCGAGGGGGGACAUGGAGACCCCGAACAAAACUCCACCACCAUUGGAUAUAUUGAGCCGACGGGACCUUUCCAUAUCCGCCACAUCCCAGAUGAGAUGGUUGAAAACGGCAUUGCGGUCACAGGAACCACCGUCUAUGUGAUCACUGGACCCUCUGGUACCAAUGAUCAUGAAAACGCGACCGGUACUCUCUAUUCACUUACCUCUGGGCCUGGAACAUCCAUCAAAACACUUUGGAGCAUUCCCUACGAAGCUGGUGAUGUGAAGAAGCCCGGUUCUUUCGCACGUGGCUCAGGUGCAACCCCUGCCCUCCUUGGAGAUCAGUAUGUUGCUAUCACAGAUAAUGCCAAUGGCCGGGUCAACCUAGUCGUUUAUCAUCAAACAGCGCAGCAUGGUUCCUCGCAGACUGUUUGCAGUGUCCCGUUAUUUGAAUCGGGACUGAGCAAUGUCGACAUCGCACCGCUGACACACGGCGAUGGAGAUAGCUAUGGCGUAAUGCUUUGCAACGACUUCAAUGCACCAACGUUGUACUACGUGGACUCCGGCCUCAAUGGGAAAUUCAAUAACCUAACAGCCAUGGCUCCAGGCGUGGUCCGCGUCGAUGUCGCGGCCGAUGGCAGUUCCUGCAAAGUUGCUUGGGAGAAUGAUCUCAGGGUCCAGUCUGUCCCAAUACUUUCUACCCGGAAUGGGCUUGUAUAUGGCUACACACAGUCUGUAGCCGCGUCUCUGAAGGGCCUCUAUGAAUGGUAUGCUGUCGCAUUUGAUUGGCACACAGGAAAAGAGGCUUGGCGAGUGCGAGCCGGCGCAGGGGGAACCUACAAUGAUGACUAUCAACCAGGGGCUCUUGGACCAGAUGGAAGUUUCUACCAAAGCGUGAUUGGGGGCUUGGUGAGGUUUAAAGAUGGUGUAUGA